UUACAACAAAAAAGUGAAAGACACCAUCACUAAACACUUCACUUAAAAUAAUUAGUAUAAAAAGUUGGUUAAUUAUUUUUGUUUCAAACUAUUUACUCAAAACAAACUAUUAUUGGAUAGUUGUCACUUCUCAGUAACUAUCUCUUUAUAAAUUGUUAGAAAUCUUAUUAUUAAGUAAUGCAGUUGUUAGUUGUUGACUAUAGUUUUGAGUUUGUGGGAAAAAUAACUCAGAUUGCAGUUGAAGAUUAGUAACAAGAAAACCCCAGCCAUACAUGGAGAUGUUAAGCUCUUCAUCACCACUGCCUUUACACCAUGAUGAACUAUAUAUGCAACAGAAGAUGAUCUUUUCAGACAGUUUGAAAGAAUUGAAGAAUAUGAGAAAACAAUUGUACUCAGCAGCAGAGUAUUUUGAAGUAUCAUAUAGAAAAGGUGAUCAGAAACAAAUAGUGGUGGAGACCUUGAAAGAUUAUACCAUUAAAGCAUUAAUCAAUAGUGUAGAUCAUUUGGGUUCAAUGGGAGAUAAGAUCAAUAAAUUCAUGGAUGAAAAGAAUAUUGAUGUUUCAAGUGUUGAUCUCAAACUAUGUUCCAUUGAACAGAAAGUAAGAACAUGCCAAGGCUACACUGAUCGAGGUGGAAUUUUCCAACAAUCAUUAACCUUAGGUUGUUCAAAGCACCAUAAACGAUACAUCAUUCCAGUUGAAGCAACCACCAAUGCAAUUAACCAGUCUAAUAAUAUGAUUUCUCACAGUGCUGAAGAUGACUCUGUUAAGUUUCAUAAUGUAAAACAUAGGGAUACCACAGCAAAAUUAAACAGGGAACAAAGAUCUAUAUCUGCACAGACCCCACGUUCUUCUUCACCUAAGACUUUUCAAUUGAAGAGAACUGCAUCCAUACCAGAUAUGAAAGAGCUAUCAUCAUACCAUUUUCCAGUCAAGCGAUCUGGAUCUGUUGUCAAGAGAUCAAUGACUAUAAAUUCAUCUACCUCUAAACAACAGUAUCCCAAAGAGUCAUGGAGAUCAAGUUCAAUGUCUACUCGUCAAGAAAGAGACAGAGCUAAAAGUCCUGAACUGCAUUCUGGCUUAAACAAACGCCUCUUGAAGGCAUUGGUCAGUAUACGUAAGUAUAGAAAAGAUGCCACUUUACAGAAACACUCCAAUGAAAAGUAAUAUCCCUAUAAACACAUUUGGGUACAGGAAAAAAAUAACAAGUUCAAAAUUUUGAAGCAUAUUGUUUCUUUCAAGUGUUUUACUGGUUCACAAAUAUGCAAAGAAAGAUAUUUGUAAUGAUAAGUACCUGUUUCAUCUCUCCAGCAAAUCUUUCCUCCUAAGGUGUUUAACCAUAUGUACUCGAACUGAUUUUCUGGCUGUCUUCUCAUACAAGUUGUUAAUGUAUCAAAAACUUUAUUAUGCAUUUCUUAA